AUAAUCAUACAAUUAUAUCAUUGUAUAAAUGAAGAAAUUAUUAAAAAAAAGAAAAAUCGAUAUUUGUGAAAGCCAGUGGUAGAAGUCGUCGCUGCAGUCAGACGAAUCGGCCGUCUCCGUGCUCCGGUCCGGUUAUGAAUGAGCGUGGCCGCGCGGCGUUACUCCGAAGCGAGUAACAUGAGACACACGUGGUGGUGAUGUUUGCGUCCCUCGGCGUCUGUCGUAACGCGCGGUAACGAUCGAUGCCGCCGUAGCUCGUUCGAUUCGUAGAUGAGCCGCCGAGAAUGCCGACAUGCAGCCGAGAAAUUAUCUCCAGUUGACAUUGGCGAUACUCAAGCCGCACGUCGUCAAAUCUCCGUUUGUCGUCCAGAAGAUUCGCGAUUUAAUAAUUGACAAUAAUUUCAAAGUUGUCAGAUCGCGCAGGUCGAUGAUCUCUCGCGAGGAGGCCGAACUGUUUUACAAGGAGCACAAGAACAAGUUCUUUUACAACCGCCUGUUGACUUUCAUGUGUAGCGGGCCGUCUGACAUUCACAUAUUGGCGCGUCACGACGCUAUCGCCAAAUGGCGACAACUGAUGGGCCCCACUAAGGUCUAUCAGGCGCAAUACAAUGCACAGGACACCAUCAGAGGAAUGUUCGGCCUGUCGGAUACUAGAAAUGCCACCCACGGAUCUGAUUCAGCACAAUCCGCAGAGAGGGAAAUAAUGAUAUUCUUUAAAAAUUUUGAUAUAAAACAGUGGCACGACAACGAGGAGAUAUUCUAUAACUUGGGAAGAUUGCAUUUCGAUCCAGCGUCCUUUGUGCACACCAUUGACAAGACUUACAAAAUGAACGGAUUACAAAAUAAUUAAUGUACAACGUUAAUUUAUUAAAUAAAAUAUUUAUAUUUUUAA